AUGACGACGACGACCACCGUAACCGUGACCAAAACGACGCUUUUACUCGCGUGUCUUCUUCUGAGCUCGAUCUUCUGCGCGUUUGCACGCGCAACAAAAGAAACCCCGACGACGAGUAAUCAUCUUCAAUCCGUUUUCAAACACCAAGCGGAGAAGAAGAUUAUGGAAAAGGAGCACGUUGGUGCGAGUGUAGCACGAAGAAGACAAUUACUCGAAGACGAAGAGCAAGAGGAAUACGAAGAUAACAAUAACACGAACGAAGUGGACGAAUCUGCAGUCAUGGACGCGAUCGAGGAAGCGGAUUCAACGUCAGAUGAGAUGCAACAUCCGACCGAUUUCGAGGCCACCGAUCACACGGAUUUGUACACCGCGAAAAGAGACCGCGACCGCGCGUGGGAGAAAGCGAGGAAAGGGUCGGGAUUUUUGGACGAAAAUCAAGGCCAUCGAGUGAAAAUUGUCACCAGGCGAGCGUCGGAGCGGAGGAAAGCGACGAGUGGGAACAACUACGAACACGGGACGUGGGUGCAGAUUGGACAGAACCACGCGUUUGUGAGCAAGCACUCGGAGGCGUUUAAGAAUCCAGAGUCCGGGUUGUAUACGACGACGGUGGCGGACGAUAACUUGAGAGCGGCGUUAGGGCUCGGUAAAGAUACCAGCGACGCGGAAAUGAUGCAACAAUCGACCAACGAGAGACGAUGGGGGAGGAACUCGGAUAAAUCGUACCGAGAUAAGGUGUGUUCCGGGACGAGGCACGACAUGCCGAGGUGGUGUAAAGGCCCAGCCGGGAAAGGCGGCGGCGUGGCGAAUAAGUUGGACGAUGCCGAGCAAUACUGGCGAGAGAUGGCGCGGAAGAGACAGGAGGCGAAGAUGACUCUGUUGACGGCGCACCAGGCGUUUUUGAAGGAGGACGCGAUUCAAAAAGAAGCCAUGGUGUAUACGAAGAAGGCGUUGGAGGCGCAAGAGAAGGUGGACGCCGCGGCGAGGUUGGCGCAACAGCGUGAACAAGCCGAAGCGGACACGUUGAAAGAAGACGAGAUGAGCGAACAACAAGCCUGGCAUCGAUUGUCGUCGUUGAGGCACCAAGUCGUGAAAUACCGAACGAUGACGAGAGAGCAAGUGGAAGAGAUGGAACGAGAACAACGCGCGUUGGACAGAAGAAUGGGACAAGAAGAGCGAUUACGCGCGAGCGGCGAGAGAACUCGAGUAUCCGGGGAUGCCGCAAGAGUGACGGAUGAGGUCGAUAAAGCGAAGCAACGGUUGCGACGGGCUGGAGAGAAUUUGAAAUCCUCCGUCGUCGCGCAUAAAAAGUUGGAGCAAAACCGAUUGAGUUCGUCUUCUUCCAACGACGACGACGAAGAGGAUGGGGACGUCGAGGACGAAGAAGCCGACGAUAACGAUGGUGGAGGACACGAAGAAGUGAAGUGA